AUGGUGACGUCAACAAUGGCAACUCCUUUAAAUUUAUCAAUCGCUUCAACUUAUAAUAAACCUUCAUCUUCAACAUUGUUGUCCCAAAGAAACUUAAGAUUAACGAGACCUAUAAUUUCCGCUCUGUCUAGUCCUUAUGGCGAUUCUUCUACAAUUGGAUUAUACAAUAAAACACACAGAUUGCCAUUGAAGCUUGACCAGCAAGAUUUUCGCUCUAUUCCUGAUCAGAGUUAUGGGGUGAUAGAAGCCAAAAAGGGAAACCCACCUAUCAUGCCAGCUGUCUUGACUCCAGGAGGGCCUUUAGAUCUUUCUACAGUUUUGUUCAGAAAUCGCAUAAUCUUUAUUGGGCAGCCAAUUAACUCACAGGUGGCUCAGCGAGUUAUAUCACAGCUUGUGACUCUGGCAACAAUUGAUGAAAAUGCAGAUAUUUUGAUUUAUCUCAACUGCCCUGGUGGGAGCACCUACUCUGUCUUGGCAAUAUAUGAUUGCAUGUCCUGGAUAAAGCCCAAGGUUGGUACUGUAUGUUUUGGAGUAGCUGCAAGCCAGGGGGCACUUCUUCUUGCCGGUGGAGAAAAGGGAAUGCGGUAUUCCAUGCCAAAUGCCCGUAUUAUGAUACAUCAACCUCAAAGUGGAUGUGGGGGGCAUGUUGAAGACGUAAGGCGCCAAGUGAAUGAAGCAGUUCAAUCUCGCCAUAAAAUUGACAAAAUGUAUGCUGCCUUUACGGGCCAAUCUCUUGAGAAAGUGCAGCAGUAUACUGAGAGGGAUCGUUUCUUGUCUGUAUCUGAGGGAUCAGAGGAAGCUGAGAGUGGUGAUGAACAAGAUGAUGCUUUACAGGCCACAAUUGAAAAGAGCAAGAAGGUUCUGGCCGUGCAAAAAGACUUAUUAAAACAGAUUGCAGAAAGGAAAAAAUUAGUCUCAUCAAUAAAAAGUAGUAUUAUUGAUCCAGAAAGCGAUGAAUUGCCUUAUGAGGAGCGCAGUGGAAGUUUUUCAAGUAUUGGUAUUGCAACAGCUGAAGGUGACAAGAUCAGUGAAGACCUUGAUAAUGAAAGAUUCUCCACUAGCGGCAUCCACUCUGACUCAGCUGUUCAUGAUGUGAAUGAAAACACAGCUUCAGCUUCCAGUGAAUAUUCAUUUGCCAAUAUGACAGAACCUGGAAAAGACCUGCGUCAUAAUGACAAACCACAGUUGAAAGCCACUAUUUCAGAGUCAGUUCAGUCUCAGGAAGUGCCAUCAGUUCCUCUGAGAUCGGCUGUCACGCCCAGUCCAGAGCCUUUUUCAAAUAAGGAUUCUUACAAGUGGUUGAAGAAAGCCACUGAGACCUCCACCAAAGUAGAUUCAGACGAGUUGAAGGAUGCUAAUGUGGGGACAACCAUUUUAUCUGAUGCACCAUCGAGCCUGAAAUAUGAUAAAAGUAAAGAUGCAGAAGAAUCAAAUCUAGAGGACAUGAAGGUUAAAGUCCAAGAUCCCACAGGCGAAGAUGUGAAACCCCCUCCACUGGCCGGUCCCAAUGUCAUGAACAUAAUUUUGGUUGCUGCAGAAUGUGCUCCUUGGUCUAAAACAGGUGGGCUUGGAGAUGUUGCUGGAGCUUUACCCAAGGCUUUGGCUCGACGUGGACACAGAGUCAUGGUCGUUGCACCUCGCUACGGUAACUAUGCUGAACCUCAAUAUUCAGGAGUUCGGAAAACAUAUAAAGUAGAUGGCCAGGAUAUGGAGGUGACGUACUUCCAAACCUACAUUGAUGGUGUGGAUUUUGUUUUCAUGGAUAGUCCCGUGUUUCGUCAUAGAGAAAAUGAUAUAUAUGGAGGGAACCGUAUGGAUAUUUUGAAGCGUAUGAUUUUGUUCUGCAAAGCUGCUGUUGAAGUAUGA